AUGCAACCCUUCGAGUGCUGGUCCAGGCUAGCCCAGUAUGGCCGAUCCAUGUCCAAUGGCAGGACGAGCGGGCUACAUCAUAGGACAGGAGACUCGCCUGUGGAGUGCACCUACCAAAUAGUCAGCCUGGACGAUGCCGCAGUCGACUACGAGACCGCCUCAUACGUCUGGGGGUCACCCGCCAAAACAGCAAACGUUUUGAUCAUUGGGUCGCCUGUUCAGCCCGGCGAAAGCGCAUACAAAGCUUCACGGCGGCUCCGAAGCCCAGAACGGCACCACACCAUUUGGCUCGACGCGCUUUGCAUCAACCAGUGCGAUGACGUGGAGAAGACCAAGCAGGCACGAAGUCCCGUUCCAGCUGUACUGAAGUCAUUUCGAUAUAAUACGAGGCCCCAGUUAUUCAAACAGCGCGAUUGGCAUGAUCACCAACAUGCAGGAGCUUAUUCGUCCUCUUGCGCCUGCACAUACUCGGAUGCUCACCGCGGUGUGGGCGGACCCGCCGCUCGCCGUGACGCCGAGUCUUGCACAUGUUCCGCCUUGAUUGCGUGGCGACUUAAGCCGCCUCCACACGCCCAACGCCUCGGGAGCGCGCGAACACCGCAUAAGCAUCCAGCAAAACAACAGGUCUCCCAUGCCAGUAUAUCGCUAGAACUAUUAAGUCAGUGCACCCCCUGUCUGCGCACUCUCUUUUUAAAAAAUAAUCGUAUUCCUUGUUAUCUUUUGCAAAUUGUUAAAUUUGGUUUCGCUGCUAUAAACCGGAAGCCCGCUACCCCGAUAAAAUUAUAUAAAGGGUUAAGGCUACGGAUCGUACGUAGUAAUAAGCGGAUAAAAAUUAACGCUUUUUUACCACCGUUAAAUAGGUUGCAGUACGUAAAACGAAUGGGCAAGCAAAUAAACGGUUACUUCCGGGAUAAGGAAGCAUUUUUACCAUUGCUUUAUUAUAACAAUAGUAACCCUUUAAAUACCCGGGCAACCUUCCGGAUCCCGCCCUUCGCGCGCACCGCAGCGAGGGCCCGCUUAACGUUUUCUUUUGUAUACCGCUUUUUUGGCAUUUGGGCAUUAAAUUGCAAAAAAAACACGCCGACCCAAAUUGUGCGGUCCAAUUUUCAUCCCCAAAUUCAAACCGUCAAAUUUCAGAUUGGAUCCCUAGCUAGCCGGGCGACCGCUUCUCAUCUCAUCACUCCCGCGUACGGCGAGCCUAGAAGGUUCCACGCGUCGCCUCCGCCAUCUCUAUCUGGCACGGCGCAGGCGAGGCCGACACGCCAGGACUGCGUGCGCAGCCAAAAGGCACGGUGCCCUGAGGAACCACCAAGGGCCUUUAACAGACACCCCCCGGCUUUCCAGCAAAAGAAGAAGUAA